GACAAUUAAUCCAUUUUCCUCUUAACCACUCUUUUUCCUCUUUUGAUUCUCUAUCAUCAUCAUCAGAGAUUUGGUUUGGUUCUCAAGGAGAUCAUUAAAUGAAGCUUUGGACAUGUACUUUCGUUAUUCUUCUUAUCUAUGUUUCUGUUUCUGUGAUCCGUUUCGAGGAUUUUGGCUCCCCUACUCAACAACAAUUGGUGCAAAUCCCAGGAAGUCCUGCCGAUGAUCUGGCUAUUGGAAAAUUGAAAGUGUUUGUUUAUGAACUCCCAAGUAAAUACAAUGAAGAUAUAGUGAAGAGGGAUCCUAGAUGUCUCACUCACAUGUUUGCUGCUGAGAUCUAUAUGCAUCGUUUCCUGUUGACCAGCUCAUUUCGAACUCAAAAUCCUGAAGAAGCUAAUUGGUUUUACACUCCAGUUUACACCACUUGUGAUCUUACACCAUUGGGUCAUCCAAUGUCCUUCAGAUCUCCUCGAAUGAUGCGAAGUGCAAUCCAACUGAUCUCUACCAAGUGGCCUUACUGGAAUAGAACACAAGGUGCUGAUCACUUGUUCUUAGUCCCUCAUGACUUUGGUGCCUGUUUCCACUAUGAAGAAGAUAUAGCUAUUAGAAGAGGUAUUCUUCCUUUGCUUCAAAGGGCUACUUUAGUUCAAACCUUUGGGCAAAGAAACCAUGUUUGUAUGAAGGAAGGCUCAAUCAUAAUCCCUCCAUAUGCUCCACCACAGAGGCUUCAAUCCCAUUUAGUACCCCGAAACACGCCUCGUUCGAUCUUCAUUUAUUUUCGAGGUCUAUUUUACGAUAAUGGAAAGGACCCAGAAACUGUUCAUUACGCGAGAGGAGCACGGGCUUCUCUAUGGGAGAAUUUCAAGAAUAAUCAUCUCUUUGACAUCUCUUUUGAGCACACAAGGACUUACUAUGAAGACUUGCAGAGAUCGGUUUUCUGUUUGUGUCCACUGGGUUGGGCUCCAUGGAGUCCUAGAUUGGUAGAAGCAUCAAUCUUUGGAUGUAUUCCUGUUAUUAUAGCAGAUGGGAUUGUUUUACCCUUUUCAGAUACAAUUCCAUGGAAGGAAAUUGGUGUUUUUGUAGCUGAGGAAGAUGUGUAUAAAUUAGAUACAAUUCUUACUUCGAUACCGGAGGAAGUAAUAGUUAGGAAACAGAGGUUGCUUGCCAAUCCAUCAAUGAAGAGGGCAAUGGUUUUCUCUGAUAAGCCUGGUGGUCGGCCGGGAGAUGCUUUCCAUCAGAUACUCAAUGGGCUUGUAAGUAAAUUGCCUCAUGAUUACAAGAAGAUUUACCUCAAUCCUGGGGAGGAUGUGUUAGACUGGAAUUCAGGUCCUGUGGGGGACCUGCAGCCGUGGGAAUGGAAGUAGCACCAUCAUAUCUUUUCUGGGUUUUUCAUGAUUUGUCCUGAAACAAAGUGGAUGCUAACCCCUCACAGAUCUUCUGAGUUUUGACCUGACCAUCCAAUCACAGCUACAUGUGUCACCGCUAUGUCUAUAGCUGCAAAUUGCCUAUUGCCGAAAAAAGGGUACUUUGUACAUGUGGAUGUUUAGCUGCAGAUUUUUCCAUAACAAAUCUAUAGCUAUGGAAUUUUGAGCCCCAAAAUUUGUAUUUACGUUUUUGCUGUUGCAGAUUUUUUAUGCAUUAAAUGCUAUAGCUACAAAAUUUUCACUGUGAAGACAUGUAGUUGCAAAUUUAAGUUGAGGAUUUAUGUGCAGCAAAAAUUAUAAGUACAUGGAUUUUGGCUA